AUGGUCAUUGGUCUUAUGAUCCUGACCUCGAUUCCUACAAUCACUGGAGUUGGGCAGGCGUAUUCCGCACAAAAGACUCAAGAAGAGCGCAAGAAAGAUGCAGUGCGAAUGAAGAAGUUUUAUAUCGACGUCUUCUGCGACCCCACUAGCCCGCGAGCUUCCGACAUUCACGAGAAGAGGAUUGUCUUAAAGGACGACCGGGUGUGGAUUGGACCGCGUGAAGCAGUGAACCCAUGUCCGCAAGGCUAUAUUGCAGAGGCAUUCUAUAUUGAAUACCCGGAUAACGAAAGAGUUCCAGCUCCCCUCGGCCUUGUCAGUCAGACAAGGGCAGAUCCACCACUGCUUAACUGGCUGUAUGUUGACAAGGAUACUAUGGAAGUGAAAUAUGGAAAUAAGACAGCCAGCAUCGCCCACCACAUCGGCCCGUGGGAUUGGACAGAGGAUGAACGGGUGAUAACAUUUGAUGAAGCCGCGCAGUUCACUGUCGUUGAGGACCUAAGGACACGGCGCUGGCAGCUGUAUCAUGACUUGAAUGAUGACGGUCUAGAAGGAUACGUACCAAAGAACCGGCGUAAGGUUCAGGUCAAUUUAUUGAGGACAUUGAUGCCAGAGGCGGCGACCUAA